ACUGAGUGGUUAGCCACUCUGAUUACACUCCGUGUCAGCCAACUCUGAUUACAGCCAGUGUUAGCCACUCUGCUCCUGGCUGUCUCCAUCUCUUGUCACGUGUGUGUGUGUCUCUCUCUGUCUCAUCUCUCCGUCAACAGUCUCUCUCUGUCUCUCCUCCUCACCAGUCCAGCCUCAGUCAUCGCAGAAGUUGCUUUUUUACCUGAGUUGGCGUUAAAACCGCGAGUUACCUAUCGUGGCGGAGCGCGUGAAGUCUGCCAGUGAGUCUGCUGGUGGUGUUUACACGAUGCAGGUCACCCGUCUGCUGCCUGCUGCUGCCUGGCUGCUCCUGUUGCUGCCUGCGCCGUCUCAAGCAGCAGACCUCUUGCUCCUGACGCCCUUCGGUUCGCGAUCAGUGCGUAGCUUGUUCGCGGUGUUGGCAGAGGGCUUGAUUUCGCGAGGACACACCGUCACCCUCAUGUCUAGUGGGGAUCCCAUACCCCAUCACCCCAACCUCACUCACAUCAUCUCCCCACACUCGGCCCUGGACCAGAUGGACCUUUUUGAGGUCCGUGCAGGGCAGGCGGUCUUUAAAUUGUGGAUGAAAGCCUUUCCUGCCGUGGCCCGGGAACUGUAUGCCAACCCCAAAGUCAUGGAACUAUGGCAUCGCAGGGACAAGUUCGACGCCAUUAUUAUCAACAGUGCCGCGAAUGAAAUGGCGUUCCCUUUCCUGUUGGACAACCCGGCGCCGUUCAUUACCUUGGCCCCCGUUGGAACGGAACCACUGCAGUUGUCGUAUUUGGGUAACGUCGUCUCCCCCGCCGCUUUGCCGUCCAUAAUUGUCCCUUACGACGACAACCUCACCCUGUGGGAACGCCUGGUCAACACCCUGGCUACCGCGGUGCUCAGGUACUCCUUCCGUCGGACGGUCGGCCGACCGCUAGCCACGGCUCUAAGGGAUACCUUCCCCGACCUACCCGACCCGUUCGAGCAGUACCCGAAACAGUGCCUCUCGCUCAUCAACAGACACCACCUUCUGGACGGCUCAGUACCCCUGCUACCCAACCAGGUGGAGAUCGGCUGCAUGAACUGCCAUCCACCCCGUUCCUUACCCAAGGUAAAUAGCAAUACCGUUAAUAGAAAAACCACAAUUACUACUAUUCCUUCCUCCCAUUCUACCACUCCCUUCCGAUUUUAACAGUACUAUCAAAUU